UGUCAGUAGUUUAUGUGGAUUAGUGGUACUGGCUCAAGAGUGACAGUAGAGAUCAGCAUUAAGUCUGCUCCCCGGACUGAUUUGCAGACCUGAGGCUCUGGAUCCACCUCCCACUGUUGGUGUUUUAUUACUCCUUAUGGUGUAGCUGGUGAUCGUCCUGGAGAAGAGAGAAGAUGAUGAGUGAUGCAAGUGACAUGCUGGCUGCCGCUCUGGAGCAGAUGGAUGGCAUUAUAGCAGGUUCGAAGGCACUAGAGUAUUCCAAUGGCAUAUUUGACUGCCAGUCCCCCACCUCGCCCUUCAUGGGGGGCCUGCGAGCGCUGCAUCUGGUAGAGGAUCUGCGAGGCCUGCUGGAGAUGAUGGAGGCAGAUGAAAGAGAAGGGCUGCGAUGCCAGGUCCCGGAUUCGACGGCAGAGGCUCUGAUUGAGUGGCUCCAGAGUCAAAUGACUAAUGGACACAUAUCUGGUAAUGGAGAUGUGUAUCAAGAAAGGCUGGCACGUUUGGAAAAUGAUAAGGAAUCUCUUGUUCUGCAAGUGAGUGUGCUGACUGACCAGGUAGAGGCCCAGGGAGAAAAGAUUCGGGAUUUGGAGUUCUGCCUAGAGGAGCACAGGGAGAAGCUGAAUGCCACGGAGGAGAUGCUGCAGCAGGAGCUUCUGAGCAGAACGUCCCUUGAAACUCAGAAACUGGAUCUAAUGGCAGAGAUUUCCAAUCUGAAGUUAAAGCUUACGUCUGUAGAGAAGGACAGACUGGACUAUGAGGAUAGAUUCAGGGACACAGAGGAUUUGAUCCAGGAAAUAAAUGAAUUGCGAUUAAGAGUGGGAGAAAUGGACAAUGAAAGACUCCAGUACGAGAAAAAACUUAAAACUACCAAAUCUUUAAUGGCCAAACUUUCUAGCAUGAAAAUCAAAGUGGGUCAGAUGCAGUAUGAAAAGCAGCGGAUGGAGCAAAAAUGCCAGAUGCUAAAGGAUGAACUAGCAGCUUUGAAAGAGAAACUGGAGCAGAAGGAAGCUGAGGUGAAAAGGUUACAGGAAAAGUUGGUUUGCAAAAUGAAAGGAGAAGGAAUUGAGAUACUGGACAGAGAUAUAGAGGUGCAGAAAAUGAAGAAGGCGGUCGAGUCUCUAAUGGCAGCAAAUGAAGAGAAGGUAGCAAAAGGAAAAACUUUUUUGCAAUCUCUGAAUCGGUACAAAAAAGUUCAAGACAUGGUGAUAUUGGCUCAAGGCAAAAAAGGCAAGGAAGGUGAUGGUGAAGAGUUCCUGAGUUCAGGAUCCAUUUCCACGGCUUUAUUGGACGCACCAAGUCUCACUGACCCAGAGAAAAGUGCAUCCCCAACCCCAGAAACAGUGUCUCCAAGCCACGAAGAGUUCAACAUGAAUGUUCACGAAGAGAAUUCAUUACAGAUCCACACCAGUAUUUUACAGGUUUCAAUCCCUUCUUUUUCACCAACAUCUAAGAGCUCAGAAACUUUUGCAGAGAAAGUAAAAGCACAGCCUAGGCCAGAAGCUACAAGUGAAAUGAGUGAAGGAAGGUCAACAGGCUCCUCCCCAGAAACUCAGCUGAGUGACAGCCCAGUAAGUUCCUCCCUGCACAAGUCCAGCAGUCUGAGCAGUCUGAAGAAGGAGGCAUCGGAAGUGGACAAGGAGCCUGCGCAGAAGCCAGCAGAGGUUAAACCUCCUGUGGAAAGUAAUAAAUUUGGGACCCUGCCUCCAAAAUCUCCUUCUCAUGGUGGCACAGGAGAUGAGGAUAGCUUUGGUACCCGUAAAGCCAGAUCUUCGUUUGGACGAGGCUUUUUCAAGAUCAAAAAUAACAAGAGGACUGCGAGUGCUCCCAAUCUGGCUGAAACAGAGAAGGGAUCUGCAGAUCACUUGGAUCUGGCUGGUUUGCCCCCGCGACCAAAAGAAACUGAGAGUUUGCAGAUGACUCCACCUUCUCCAGAUUCCAAGAAAAAGGCAAGAGGAAUCAAGAAGUUAUUUGGAAAACUUAAAAGGAGUCAGUCUACCACCUUCAACCCAGAUGACAUGUCCGAGACGGAGUUCAAAAGAGGAGGGACAAGAGCAACUGCGGGGCCACGGCUGGGCUGGUCGCGAGACCUGGGGCAGUCUCACAAUGAGCUGGACAUGCCAUUCGCAAAGUGGACAAAGGAGCAGGUUUGUAACUGGCUCCAGGACCAAGGGUUGGGCUCUUACAUGAGUAAUGGCAAACACUGGAUACUAUCUGGGCAAACACUUCUGCAGGCUUCUCAGCAGGAUCUGGAAAAGGAGCUUGGGAUAAAGCACCCGUUGCAUCGGAAGAAACUUCAGCUUGCUCUUCAAGCACUAGGGUCUGAAGAGGAAAACAAUCAUGGAAAACUGGAUUACCACUGGGUUACCAGAUGGCUGGAUGACAUUGGACUCCCCCAGUAUAAGACUCAGUUUGAUGAAGGAAAGGUGGACGGCCGAAUGCUCCAUUACAUGAGCGUGGAUGACUUGCUGUCCUUGAAAGUUGUUAGCGUCCUCCACCAUCUUAGCAUCAAAAGAGCCAUUCAAGUUCUGCGAAUAAAUAACUUUGAGCCCAACUGUCUGCGCCGGAGGCCAUCUGAUGAGAACAACAUCACCCCUUCAGAGGUUACGCAGUGGACCAAUCAUCGCGUGAUGGAGUGGUUACGUUCUGUUGAUCUAGCAGAAUAUGCGCCUAACCUGCGGGGGAGCGGUGUGCAUGGGGGACUGAUGGUUUUAGAGCCUCGCUUCAAUGUAGAAACCAUGGCACAGUUGCUGAACAUCCCACCAAACAAGACGCUGCUGAGACGGCACUUGGCAACUCAUUUCAACCUACUUAUUGGUCAGGAGGCUCAGCAGCAGAAACGUGAAGCCAUGGAGUCCCCAGACUACGUCCUCUUAACAGCAACUGCCAAAAUAAAGCCAAAGAAACUUGCCUUCAGCAAUUUUGGGAGUCUGAGGAAGAAGAAGCAGGAUGAUGUGGAAGAGUAUGUGUGUCCUAUGGAACUGGGGCAGGCGUCUGGAAGUGUGUCGAAGAAGGGUUUUAAGUCUGGCUUGGAUAUCCGAGUAUAUGACGACGACGAUUUGGACAGGCUGGAACAGAUGGAAGAUUCAGAAGGGACAGUGAGGCAAAUAGGAGCAUUUUCUGAAGGCAUCAACAACUUGACACACAUGUUAAAAGAAGAUGAAAUGUUUAAAGACUUUAUGACUCGCUCUCCUAGCACCAGUAUAACAGAUGAGGACUCCAACGUGUGACAGUAACCUCCGGGCACUGAUAAAUGCUCACUUUCCUAUGUGCAAGAAACAUCAUCAUUAUAUGUGAUGGGCAACAGAUCAUGUACAUUACAUUGCUCUUGCUUCUGUUUGUUAGAAGUGAUAUUGGGGGUGGAGAAUUUAGGAAAAAAAAGAAAAAAAAGAAAAAAAAAAAGGUGCCUACUUUAAAGUUGCCAUGAGAAACACCCAGACACUGGUGAAUGCUACUUGUUUUUACUAUAUUUAAUGUACAAACUUGGUGAUAUGUUUCAGAGUGUUGCAUUUAAAUUUACAUGGUAUCAUAAUGCUCCUUUUGCUUAUUCAUUUCCUGAGGUAUUCCUUCAUCCUGUUCCAAGAUAAAACAAGAUGUUAGGUAGAAAUACUGCAUCUGUAGAUGUCAUGCAUCAGCUUUCUUUAGGGUCUCAGCUGAAAAAGAUGUCACUGCUCUCCUUUUCAAAUGGAUUUGUCCAGCACAAAUACCAGUUCUGCCUUUCCCACACUAUCCAACAUAGGAUUUUAGUUAUUCGUGCAUAAUCUCCCAGGUAACUCUUAAGUGUUGCUCUUAUUUUUAUACUGUUUUAUAAAAAAAAAAAAGUAUAUGAAGUACAUAUAAAAGCAGAAAUUUAAAUUUUGUGAUGUAGAGUGAUGGAAAGUUUGAGGUGUGGGGGAAGGGGAAAACGUUGUAAAAAGAAUAUGCCAGUUUGCAUACCAGCUGGUUACUGGAAAAGGCAGGCUGACCUUUGGAACUGUUUGCUCUCUUUCCUUUUUGCAAAGUGCACAGUUAAAUGAUCUUCCAUUUGGGGUGAAGCAAUUAUAAAAGUACAUUUCUUCUUGCAGUGACUCUUUCAGUAACUGCAGAUUUAAAAGCAUCUUAUUUCUUGUUCCCAGCAGCAGUUCUAGCAUUCAGACAAGAUUAUUAACACUUCUAUGACUUAAAAAUAUUUUGGAGAAUUUUCCUCUUGAAGUUGAGAGUACUCCCUGCAUAUGGAAGGGAUAUUUCUGUGCUGUGACUAACGUAAAGAUGGUAUAGUUGCAAAAAAAUAAAGUUAUAUAGAGAAAUGUAUAGGAAAUAUAUUAUUUCAUAAUAUUAAACCUAAGGUGGGGCUUUUCCUCAAAAAGUCAAAUAUCAAACAUGUUGCUCAUCAUUUUACCUUCUUAAAGCACAAGUCUUUUCUGCUUUGACGAUCAGAUUUCAAAAAUCUUAACUAGCCAGUGGAUAUCUUUUGUCAGGCUUUCCGUAUUACAAGGUGUCCUAGCCAAAAGCAAACAAAAAAGUCACUCUGUUGAACUGGUCAUUUGUAUGGUGCUGAAUGUUGCAUGUAUUUUAGCACAACGGCAUGAAGCUGCUUUGCUUUGUACAGGAAGAAAGCACAGCUAGAAUUGUUCCUUGCAGUGUUGUUUUGCUUUAACAAGAGUUUGUCACUUGUUUCAUCGCUGUUAUUGUUGGAAGGGAGAGUGCGUUUGACACAUAGCUUAAAGGAUGUUAGAUUUCUGCUGAUUUUGGUAUUCCUGAAAUACUGUUACCAAAGUUAGGAAAGGAGGAAAGAUUCUUUCAGGCGUUUCAGAAGCGCUCCCAUUAGAUGUUGAGGUGGACUGGAGACAUACACUACCAUUAUAUCAUUAUGAGCUAAUAAGCUAUUACCAGUCUGGUUCUUUGAAGGAUGUGCAGUGUAGGCUAUUAUUUAUGUACAAAGACGAAAAAUUUGAUGAGGACCCGUUGUGUUAUAUAUAAUAACAAGUGCUGCCAUUUUCUCUUUCAUAACUGGAGCCAGGCAAACAAUCCAUAAUGUGUUCAGAAAAUAGUUUAUGCCACUUAUGAGUUGUCUACAAGAAGACUGCAACUGAGGCAUUAUUCAAAAUUCCUGACUAAACAAUACCUGCAAGUAAUUUGUUUAUUCCUCUGCUGUUUUGCAGGUGCUCUUUGAGCUAUUUUAGGUAGACAUCUCCCAUUCUAUGCUUAGUGACAGCUUUCAGGUGCAAAUACUUGUGAUACAAAUUCACGGCUUGCUUUCUGUGGAUACUCUGCAAUAUGGUUGUUAUUUACAUGUAGGUUGGGGCUCAGGGCUCUGCUCUGCCAAAUGCUGCAGAAGCACCAGAAGUCAUGGUGUGGGCUUCUGAGCAAAAGCGUUCCCGUAUAUUCACUCUUCUAGCAGACUCUCUGGCUAGUGAACAUGGCGACUGGAUAUUCACAGGAAAAAAAGAGGUUAGUGACACAGUGUUACAUUCUGAAAUAGCCACAGAGAAAUAUUCUCAGAAAGAUGUCAUUUAAAUCCAGUGCUGUUAACAAGCACAUCAACAAUUGCAUAUGAACAUUUGUUUUUAAGUCCAAUGUGAACAGAACUCUAUUCAGAACAAUCCUUCUCGGCAUUUGCUGGUUAGAAAACAGGUCAUCCCUUCAAAGCUACCUAUCAUCUGAACUUGGAUAUUUUUUUAUGGGGUUGUAAUAUGAAAGCAAGAGAUAAAGUCAGGAAGUUAACAUGCACGUGUGCACACAGUUGAUGCCGCUGUGGUAUUUUAAUUUGUGUGUAUUUGAAAAGGGCAGCAUAACUACUGUGUAUUGCCAUGUAAAAUCCAAUAAAAUCUUUGGAAAGUGC